AGCAGAAGCUAGCUCCUGUUAGCAUUCAAGCUAAAUCCACCAGCAGGAGCGAGAUAUCUGGUUAGUUUCUGGAUUCACAGCUUGAUGCUGUGGAGCCUAUGAAUGGACUGGUUAAAGACUUGUGGCGUUGUUUUAUAGUUCCCCGGCAGUAUACGACCACUCUACACAAAGUUCGAUGUGCUGGAUAGCAAGCUAACCAUAGCAUUAUCCAUCUAGUUAAGGAGCUAGCUGCACUGCCUGCCUUCCGCCGAGGUGCACUUCCCCCACUCUCCCUCCAGCCGGCUAGCCGCAGCGUUAGUCCGGUACAUAAAAUGAAGCGACCAUCAGCGUUUUGGGAAGCUGUGUGGCUGUUUGGAUUUUGCUGAUGUAUGAGGAGACGAUAUUGUUUUUGUGAGAUCUCUGUCAAGGAGGUCAACAUCAAUACGGGGGAUGGACGAGCAGAAAACAAACUGCGAUGAAAAUGAAUCUGAACCAACAGCUGAUGAUAAUACCCCUACGAAGAAGCUUGUCUCCUCUGAGGAGGAGUCCAAAGCCCUUCCUGCUGCCGAGGACCUGUCUGGUGCUACCUCAGCCCCGUCCAGCACACCUGAUGGUAGCGUCCGAGCCUGUGCGCUCUGUAACUGUGUGGAGCGGAGCCUGCACGGCCAGCGGGAGCUGAGACACUUUGGGCCGUCUUCUGAACGGCCGACCCUCAAGCCAUCAGCUUCCCUACUGCCACAGCCCGGAAAUGAUGACCUGUCUUCCAUUGGAUUUUCCGACUCCCCCUGUCUGGCAUCGUUCUUUGACGACUCAGGGGGCUGUUUGGUUCAUCACUGGUGUGCUGCGUGGUCGGAGGGGGUGAAACAGGUGGAGAAUGAGGAGCUGGAGAAUGUGGAUAAGGCCGUUAUCUCAGGGACACAGCGGCUUUGCGAAUGCUGCAAAAGGCUGGGUGCAACCAUUCGAUGCCAUGCUGAGGGCUGCUCGCGGUUCUACCACUUCCCCUGCUCGGCGGCCAGUGGAUCCUUCCAGUCCAUGAAGCAGCUGGUCCUCCUCUGUCCAGAGCACAUAGACAAGGCGGAGGAGUUGGCAGGUGAGGAGUCUUGGUGUGCAGUGUGUGACUCAGCGGGGGAGCUCACAGACUUGCUGUUCUGUACGGGUUGUGGCCUACAUUAUCAUGCGGCCUGUCUAGAGAUCGGUGCCACGCCUAUCCAGCGGGCAGGAUGGCAGUGCCCAGAGUGCAAAGUUUGCCAGACGUGCAGGCAACCAGGUGAAGACUCCAAAAUGUUGGUAUGCGAUGCCUGUGAUAAGGGCUACCACACCUUCUGCCUCCAGCCAGCCAUGGAUUCUCUUCCCUCUGACCCAUGGAAAUGCAGAAGGUGUCGUGUGUGUACGGAGUGUGGUGUCCAUGGACUGGGGCUGCCAGGUUCGGCCCAGUGGUUUGACAACUACGCCGUGUGCGAGGGCUGCCAGCGGCACCGCAGCUCGGUGUGUGGCGUGUGCAGCAAAGCUGCCAACACAUCUGUCACUCUGCAGAGCUGCAGCACAUGCCACAGAUCGGUGCACAGUGAAUGUUCUUCACCGGGGGAGCUUCCAGAAGCAAAGUGCAUUUGCCGGCUUUGCAAGAUGGGUCAGCUGCAGCCUUUCACUAAAUCAUACACAGCAGAGAUACAAACCAGAGAGGCGUCUGAGGAGACUGUGGAUUUGGUGGAGGCGAAAAUCCAAACAGAUGCAGACAUGGUGACAGAAGAGCACACAGACUUAUCAGAGCUGGCACCAGGGCAGAAAGAUGCAUCGGAGAAGGUUCAGGACGAGGCCACGACUGAUAAAGAGACUCCCAUGGUCCUGGGGGUGGAGUCCGCAGUUGUUGAGACACCAGCGGUUGGGGAGAAGUUGAAGCAGGACGAGCUGCAGGGAGCAACAGAAGAAUCGCCUUCUGAGGCUCCCGCUGUUCAGACUGAGGCCACAGAUUGUGCAACAAAAGAACAGAGGGCCUCUUGUCUACCUGCUGAUGAAGAGAGGGUAACAGAGGCAGUCAGCCGUGGGACUAAAGACGCCCCCGUCCAGGCCCCUCCAGCAGAGACGCGGUCUGACAACCCUAAAGAAGAACCAUCACCGGUGUCAGAGCAGGGUCCUGAAAACAUGGAGGUGGAGAAGGAGGAUAAGCAAGAAACCACUCUAUCAGUGGAACAAGAAGUACCAUCAGAGCCAUUAAAAGAUGGCUCCAAAGUCACGCACGUCCCACCACCAUCCAGUAAGGAUCCACCAAAGUUACCAUCCUCUCCUGCCUCUGUGGACAAAACGGAGCACUUGCCUAUGGAUAAUCGGCAAGAAAGAAGUCCAUGCCCGGACCCUCAGUCUCCUUCUCCUCUUUCUAUAUCAGGAGACACACAAGAGGCCCUUUCGUCUAUGGAAAUGGAGCAGAGGUUACUACCUCACUCUGAGGAAGAGGAUGAUGAUGACGAGUAUGAUGAGCAAAUGAAAGGAGAUGGACUUAUUGAGGACAUAAAGCGGGAGCCGGACGAUCUGUCCUACCUGAGCCAUGGAGACGAGAGCAGCAGCGGCUUUCUGGGCUCUCCAGGAGAACAAGACCCUCAGCUCUCCAUGGAGCUCGGCCACUCGCACGCAGAUAACCUGCUGUCUGAGACCGAUGACUCGCUUCCCUUCGAGCCCCUCAGAGAGAAGGUGAAACGCAGAGGGUCCCCCGGCCGCUCGCGGGUCAAACAGGGGCGAAGCAAUAGUUUUCCUGGGAAGCGCAGACCCCGAGGAGGCGGUGGAGGGAGAGGGCGGGGUGGGAGGUCCCGCCUCAAAGCCAUGGCUUCCUGCAUCGACGCUUUCUUGCUAAGCAUGACCGCAGACACUGGAGUGAGUAAAGAGGAAGACGAGGAGGAAGACGACACCAUGCAGAACACAGUGGUUCUUUUCUCAAACACUGAUAAAUUUGUCCUGCUCCAGGAUAUGUGUGUUGUGUGCGGCAGUUUUGGAAAGGGUUCAGAGGGGCAGUUGUUGGCUUGUGCUCAGUGUGCCCAGUGUUACCAUCCUUACUGUGUGAACAGCAAAAUCACCAAGACGAUGCUCCGUAAGGGCUGGCGCUGUCUGGAAUGUAUUGUGUGUGAGAUGUGUGGAAAGGCUUCGGAUCCCUCCCGUCUGCUGCUGUGUGACGACUGUGAUGUCAGCUAUCACACCUACUGCUUGGACCCGCCCCUGCACAAUGUCCCCAAGGGUGGUUGGAAGUGCAAAUGGUGUGUGUGCUGCGUCCAGUGUGGUUCAAACACCCCAGGUUUCCACUGUGAGUGGCAGAACAACUACACACACUGUGGCCCCUGUGCCAGCCUCGUCACUUGUCCAGUUUGCAGAGAGAACUUCAUGGAGGAGGAGCUGCUGCUGCAGUGUCAGUACUGUGAUCGAUGGCUCCAUGCUGUCUGUGAGAGUUUGUACACAGAGGAUGAGGUGGAACAAGCUUCUGAUGAAGGCUUUGCAUGCACAUCCUGCAGCGCAUAUGUUCCAAAACCCGUGGUAGAGUCAGCAAUUAUGGCUUCAAUAAAGAUCAAAGAGCCAGAACCCCAGUUCUACCGGUUGGAGGGUGUGUGGCUGACAGAGUCGGGCAUGUCCCUGCUUCGCAGCAUCUCCAUGUCUCCUCUGCACAAGAGACGGCAGCGUCGCUCCCGUCUCGGCGCUCUGUGCUGUGAAGGAGGCUCUGAUGGGAUGGAUCUGAGGGAGGGUGACGAAGGAUGUGGGGAGCCCAUGGAAUGUGAAUCCAAAAUGGAGAACCCUGGGAGCCCUGACAGAGAAGGGGGUGCAGACGUAGGCCCUGAUGGCAUGGCCGACUGCGAUGGUGUCAAAGGAGGAGCAGAGGAGACUGAGGACAGCAAAAAAAGAAAGCGGAAACCUUACAGGCCUGGAAUUGGUGGCUUCAUGGUGCGACAAAGGAAGUGUCACACACGGAUGAAGAAAGAGUUUUUCGCCCAGCUUGCUGGAGAGACUACAUUAGAUGGACAGCCAAUAGAGAGAACCAUUGACGAGGGACCUCACCCUGACACAGAUAACAUCAUGGAUCCUAAACCAGUGGAGGGCGAGGAACAGGCCAAGAAGCGACGGGGACGGAAGAAGAGCAAACUUGAGGACAUGUUUCCAUCUUAUCUCCAGGAGGCUUUCUUUGGGAAGACACUUAUAGACUUGGGUAAGAAAGCUGUGCUGACACCUCCAGGGCAGAGGCCGGGCGCAUGCCUGGUCCGACCUUCAUUACCAGCACCGUCAGGGGUCAGAACUUCUGCCCCAGAGAAUGAAGAUCGUGUGGUGAAAGAAUAUUUUCUUAUCAAGCAAGAGGGGGGUGAUGGCCCCCAGGCUCAGGGAGAAGGUGCAGGAGUUUCUGCACCGUCCUCAUCACUGAAAGAACAGGCGUCAACUGAUCCUCAUGACUCUGAUGCAGAAAAGAGUGAAGGUCUUCCGUUAGGGGUGGAAAGUCAGGACUCUGAGCAGUUCUUCAGGAAGGUUCUGGGAUCGUCAGACGGCUCCUCUUUGGGGGGCAUGAAGCCCAUCUUGGAGGGCAGUAAGGGAGAACUCAAUCGUAGCGCUUUGCCGCAGAGAGCUCUCCUCUCAGGGUCCCUGCCCUCCGCUGGAAUGAUGGAUGGUUUUCCUGGCCUCUCUCAGUCACCGUUCUUCGAUAUGCGGGAGCGAGGAGGAUUGUUCAGUCCAGAUGGAAGUGAGGAAAGCGCCUGGGCCAAUCCCUCUACCCCAGUAACCCCUUCCUCCCCACCGACCCCCACUGAGGGAGAAAGUGAUGGACUGUCCUACAACCAGCGCAGUCUCCAGCGGUGGGAGAAAGACGAGGAGCUGGGAGAACUCUCAACCAUUUCCCCGGUGCUUUAUGCCAAUACCAACUUUCCCACUCUCAGACAGGACUACCCAGACUGGGCUAAUCGCUGUAAACAAAUCAUGAAGGUCUGGAGGAAGGUGUCAGCUGCUGACAAGGUUCCAUAUCUGCAAAAGGCCAAAGAUAACCGAGCAGCUCAGAGGAUCAACAAGGCACAGAAGCAGGCGGAGAGUCAGGUGUGCAGGCCUAUAAAAACGGAGGGAGUGCGUGUGAAGACGGAACGGCCCAGUUUGCACCUCCAGAUCCCUCCACCUUCAGGCUUUACAUCCAUCUCUUCCCAGCCCAGUUCUGCAGAGAGUCCAUUUCCCUUCCCUCCAGAUUCAGGAUCCUCCUCUGUCUUUUUCUCAGACGGGCCUCUUAGGACUCCGGGUUCGGCUGAAAUCCGGACAGAUCCCUUGGCCAAGCUUCCUCCUCAGUCACCUCAUUCUCACUCUCACCCAACCACACCGUUCCCCCAUGCUGUGGCCAGCCCUUUACAGGCCUCUUCCUCAGGUUAUUCCGCUUCCGGCCCACAGGGUCCUCCUCAGGGACGGCCAGCCAGCCUUGGCCCCUUUGACAUGCAACCAGGAACUCCUGGAACCCCCAGACGGGCUCAGCAGGUUGACCCCUACUUCAGAUCACAGCUACAGCAGCAACAGGGUCAUCUACCACAAUCACAGCAAGGCUCCCAGGAGUCACUCGGACAUCCAGAGAGUCCUCAUUCGAGAGGUUCAGGGCUUGGGGAGUCGCCAAUAUUCUCACCACCCCACAACACCCAUUACGGAGACCCUUUCAGAAACCAGCAAGGGAUGGGCCGGCCUGAAUAUGGUUCAUCCCCGUCGCCCUCUGCAGUGACUUCCUCCCCUGCAGGGCAGUACAGGGCUGAUGUGAGUGCCCCCUCUCCACGCUCCUCUGCUGGGAGGCCUGAUCUAUCCACUGGCUCUCCUGCUGGGAUGCUGGACUCGGGGGAUGGCUUGUUCAAGGCACCUAUGACUCCACGAAUGCACCAAGGGGAGGUGCAUCCUGGAGCAUCUCCAGGACACCCCUCUGAAGGCUACAGGCAGUCUCCUUCUCACUCUUUCUCUGACCCCCACGCCCAGUCACCACUGACUCCCAGGCCGCAGUCAGCCGACAAUUGUCCUCUCGGGCCCCAGAGACAUCCUGUUGCUCAACAGGAAAUGUGCCCUCGAGUGCCCUCCAGCCCAAAUUCACAGGGCAGCUCUCAGUCUCCCCACACUCCCGGGGGCCUCUCCAAUGAUGCUUACUCUGUCCAUUCUCCCGCUACGCCUCGUUUCCAAUCCCCGGACCCUUGUUCUCAGCCACCUUCAAGACCACAAUCUAGAGACCCUUUUGCUACUCUCCACAAACCCCCUCGCCCCCCUUCUGUUGCCCCAGAGGGAACAGCAAUUUACAAAGGCUCACCCAAUCCUCACCAGCCACCUCCACCACAUCCCACCAACAGUUCCAUAGGGGACCCUCUCUCUGGUAAACCGUCAGCACCUCUUACUUUCAGUCGCAGCCCCAGCACGGGAGGCUUCCAAAUGACCCAACAGCAGAGUCAGAUGUUACAGGGUCAGCUUCAGCAACAACAGCCACAAACUCUACAGACAGACGGCUUUGGCUCCAGGGGGCCAAAUCUCUCCGGAUCUCAAGAUCUGAUGGCUGUCCGCCCUCCAGAUGCACAUCAGCAGCCUGCUCUGCCAAGCACUCCAGAAAUGCCUGACAUUUCAGCAGUUCAGGACCCUGCCUUAGUCGGCCUCAGCCCCGCUGAGCUAGAGAAGCACCGACAGCGACUCAGACUACGGGAAUUCUUAAUCAGACAAAAACUGCAGAGAAACACCAUCAGACAAGAGAAGGAGGCUGCUGCAGCGGCUGCUGCUGGCAGUGGAUCCCCUGGCUGGCCUGGAGGAGAGAUGGGAGCCUUUCAACAAGACAAGGCUCACAGAGCACCGCCACCUUAUCCACAGGAUCGUGUUGCUGCUGCUACUGCUCAGGCUUCUAUGACAACAAAGAUGCCUAUGACUGGAGGCAUGGGGGUCAUUCGCCCUCCACCUACAGGAACCCCUGCCAUCAUGGAUCCUAAUGCACUAAGGCAACCGGGGCCCCCCAGACCUCAGGGCAUGUUUGUUCGUCAACCGUUCCCUCCUCAGUGGCAGGGCCAGGCUCAAGGCCCAAGGAGGUUCCCCCAGCCCGGCAUGGAGUCCAUGGGCAUAAGACACAAUCUCAAUCCUGCUGUCAACAUGCAGGGUAUGGAAGGCAUGGGUAACCCUCACGCCAUGAUGCCAGGACAUGGAGGAGAGACCAUGCAGUCAAUGGGUCAAGGGCCUCCACCACAGUUCAUUGAAUUGAGACACAACUCACAAAGACUACCCCUACGACCUCAGUUUAUGCCCCGUAUACCCCAGCCGAGACAACGGCACUUUGUCCCUCAGCAAGAGAUGGCAGCAUCUUUUGUUCAGCAACAUCCAAUGGGUCAAGCUGGUGGCAUUCAAACUGACGGGGGCAGCAACUCGCAUCUUAGGUUACAGCAGGGUGGACUUCCAGCUUUAAUGCCUCAGUCAACAGGCCCAAUAACACAGCAUCCCCACCUGCAGCACCAGGCAGCUACUUCCAAUACAAGCAUUCCUAGCACUGAGCAGCAUCAUCUCCAACAACCAAGCCUGGUCACACACUCCCAGCCUGCAACAGCAGUGAGUAAUGAGGAGCUGCCAGAACCUGACCUUGAAGGCCUUGGGGAUGCCCCAGGGGAUGGAGGUGUGGAUGAUGAGGAUGAUUUGGCUCUGGACUUGGACCCUGACAAGGGAGAUGAUGACUUGGGCAACUUGGACAACCUGGAGACCAAUGAUCCACAUUUAGACGACCUGCUUAACAGUGACGAGUUUGACCUGCUGGCUUACGCUGACCCUGAACUGGACCAAGGAGACCCGAAAGAUGUCUUCUCAGACCAGCUCCGGUUAGUGGAAGCAGAGAGUGAAGCACCUGCAUCUUCUUCUGGAUCUGCACAUGUUAAAGUGGAAGUAAAAGCCAAGUUGGAGCCAGGACAGAAGGUCACAACAGUUGCUGGCACUGCAAGAGGGUCUGCUACUCAACUGCCACCCUCUGCAGACAUAUGUGAUAUCUCCAAGGUCAAAAUAGAGGACAGAGGUAUGACUCAGACGCAUCCAGGACACACUGUGGUAAAAGAUGAAUUUGGAGAGGCUGUGUCAAUGCUUCUUGGUGGGACCACGCCCUCUUCCAAGUCUGCACAACCAGAUAACCAGUCGGCUUCACUCAGUUCUGUUCGGUUAGGGGGACUUCAGUACCCCCUCCCAGGACAAGCUGGUGGAUUGCCUUUUCCUUCAGCUGCUUCACAUUCAAAUAUGAAUGAUGAUCCACUGGGUCUGCCUGAUGUUGGUGGACAGCACUCCCCUGCUGUAGAUUUGGCAAAGGUAGAGAGCUCUUUAGAUGGUGAGCUGCCCCUUCUUAUACAGGAUCUGCUGGAGCAUGAGAAGAAAGAACUACAGAAGCAGCAGCAGCAGCAGCAGCAGCAGCAGCAUCUCAACUCCCUCCACCAGGGAGGCAUGGCGCCUAAUUUUCCUGGCAUCUCAAGUCAACAACAGCCGCACCCUCAGACUCCGGGCCAGAUAAUGCUGCCACACCACCAUCGUCCACCACCACAGGGAAUGAUGGCUCAGCCAGGGAUGGUACCCCGUUCCCCGCACAUGAUGCAGCAACAACAACAACAACAACAACAACAACAACAACAACAACAGCAGCAGCAGCAGCAGCAGCAGCAGCAGCAGCAGCAAAGACUUAUGGGAACUGGAAUGGCACCUCCCAUGAACAUGGCCCAGCAGCAAGCCAUGGUGAGGAUGGGGCCGCCGGGGAUCCACCCGGGUGUCGGUCAUCAACCGCAGCCUGGGAUUAAACUGCCUCUGGCCAACAACUUCUUCCCAGAUAAAGAUUUGGACACAUUUGCUACCGAUGACAUCAUGGAUCCAAUUGCCAAGGCAAAGAUGGUGGCCCUUAAGGGUAUCAAGAGAGUGUUGGCACAGGAUCCAAUGGCUGUUCCCCCUGGCAUUAACAGGCAACAAGUGUCUCUGCUUGCUCAGAGGCUGUCCUCUGCCCCCGGCACAGAUCCAAAUCAGCCUACACUUGUACCUCCAAAGGAGGGAGAAACAAGUGAUCCUACAGUGUCGAGACCUAACCCGCCUCAGUUUGUGCAAGGAAUCAUCAAUGAUGCAGAACAGCACCAAUAUGAAGAAUGGCUUCUGCACACCCAGCAGUUACUCCAAAUGCAGUUAAAAUUCUUGGAGGAACAGAUUGGAGUUCACCGCAAAUCACGCAAAGCACUGUGUGCUAAGCAACGCACUGCUAAGAAAGCUGGCAGGGAGUUUGCUGAGACAGAUGCAGAGAAACUAAAGUUGGUAACAGAAGAGCAGAGCAAAAUUCAAAAACAGCUUGACCAGGUACGCAAGCAGCAGAAGGAGCACACCAAUCUCAUUGCCGAGUACAGAAGCAAGCAGCAGCAGCAUCAACAAAGCUCAGGUAUUCUUACCCCAGGUCAUUCUGCACAGGCGGCCCCUCCUCACAUGUUUCCCAAGAUGCCUGGCCAGAUGAUGAUUGGCCAACAGGGAACACCAGUAAUGGGCCAACACCCUGGUGUGAUGCCCCAAGGUGGAAUGCCUGUCAGGAUGCCUCAGGGGCAGCCUUUUGUUGGUGGAGCCCAACCCCAGCUUCCUGCAGCCAUGGGAGCCAGUGUUGCCAGGGCCCCUGGUCCACCUGGUGCUCCAACAGGAUUCUUCCCACAGGGGCCUAGAGUUCAAGGUGCAGACCCCAGGCUUCUCCAAGAAAGACAGCUUCAACAUAGGAUGCAAAUGGCAAAGCUCCAGCAGCAACAGCAGCAACAACAGGUGAUGAUGGGGCAGCAACCGAUGCCACACCCAAAUCAACCGCCUGGCUUAGUCCCCCAGCCACCGCCCGGCAUGAUGGGGAGCCCACUUAUGGCCCAACAGCAAGCAAACCCUCAACAGGGAAUGCUAGUCAACCAGGCCAAUCAGCAGAGUAUGGUGCAUGUCCCACAAGGAAUGGUUGGAGGCCAGUCUGUGGCUCCACUUCCACAGAACCUCGCAGGAGGCCAGCCUAUGAACCAUGCUCAAGCCAUGAUGGCAGUUCAACCAGGGGUUAUGGGAAACCCCACUGUUGCACCAUCACAGCAACAGAGGCCUCAGCUGGUGGUGGGUCAGCAGGGAAUGGUUGGUUCUCCGGGUCAUCCUGUGCUCAGGGCUCCCCAGACCCAAUUGACUCCACAACAACAGAGCAUACUGGCCCAACGCAUGGCUGCAUCUCAGCAGCAACAACAACAACAACAACAACAACAACAACAGCAGCAGCAGCAACAUGUUGCAAAGAAUAUGGCACACCUUCAGCAGCAGCAGAUGGCACAGCAGAGACAAACACAGUUGAUCAGUCAGUCCAGCCAAGAGCAAGGAGUCCUCUCCCAACCCUCUACCCCACAGAUGGGCUCCUCGCCUUCAGCAGGAAGCAUCACACCGCAGCCACAAGCAGCUACUGACAACCAAAACUCAGGCCCCAAAGAGGGCGGGAUCCUCAGCCCUGAUUCAAGAACGCCACCACAGCAUAGUGGACCCUCAACACCCAAUCAGAUGUCCCACCUAGGCUCUGCAAAUGAUCAUCAGAAUGACUUGGGACGACAGCAGUUACAGCAGCAGCAGCAGCAGCAGCAGCAGCAGCAGCAGCAGCAGCAGCAGCAGCAGCAGCAGCUGCAGCAGCAGCAGAUGUAUAUUGCUCAGCAGCAACAAUUAAAUCCCCAGUCUGCCCCUGAGCAACAAACAGGCUUGGUUGAAAACCAACAAGCUGUUGUGCUUCAGCAACAUCAGCAACAACAUCCUCUCACUCUCCAGAGGCAAGGGUCCCUCGGUGGUGACCAGCCUAUGAUGAUGAUGACCAUAAAGGAGGAAGUCAAACCAAUUGAAUUCUUGGCUCAUCAGCAACAACAGCAAGCAGGUCAAAAUGCCAUGCAGCAAUCACCAAACCCCAACCUCCAGCAGCAGAUCAUAGGCCAGAACCAUCCUGGCCAGCCACAGCCUGUUGUGAUGGGUCAUAAUCCACAACAACAACAUCAACAACAACAACAACAACAACAAGCCCUCAUGGCCCAGCAGCAAAAGCAACAGGCCAUGAUGGGCAUGAUGAGAGCCCAGCAGCAAGGGAUGAUAGCACAGAGGCCUGUGGGUCCACCUGGACAGAUCCGCACCCCCAUCAACAUCCAGGCCAUAAUUGCUCAGAAUCCCCAGCUUCGUAAUCUUCCUCCAAACCAGCAGAUUCAGCACAUCCAGGCCAUGAUUGCCCAGAGGCAGCUCCAACAGGGACAGAUGUUGCGGAUGUCCAUGGGACAAGGUCAGUUAAGGCCUAACAUGCCACAGGGACAGAUGCCACUGGGACAGAUGCCACAGGUUGUGCAGCAGAUGCCAUAUGGAGCCAUCGGGAAACCAGGAGUAGUGGGCCCUCAGCAACAACCGGGCAUGUUGGGCCAACAACCUGCUGUGGCUCCCCAAAUGCAGCAAGGGAUGAUGGUCCCCGGGCAACAACAGCAACAGGUGGGAGAGAUUAUGCAGCAACAUAUGAUGAGAGGCCAGGUGCCAGUGCCACCUUCCCCAUUGGACCAGGGCCGCAUGGUAAGACCAACAUCUCCACGUCAGCCAAUAGCCAACUCUCCUGGGCAUCCAUUUAAUCCAGCUAUGGGGAUGCGUCCACCCACUCCCAACCAGAACCAACAAGCAAUGAUGGCAGCUGCAGCAGGCCGCAUGCAGGGUUCUCCAUCCCAUGCAUACUCACCUAGAGGGCCCUUCGGCAUGAGCCCAGCCCACCCGGCCUCACCUCACUCAUCGCAUGUUUCCUCACCUUCUAUAGCUGACAGUAGGGCUGGAAGGGGGAGUCCGUACAGCCACGUCAAGGCAUCUCCACUCAGGUCACCUGGAGCCAAGAGUCCACUUGAUUGUCCAGGAAUGAAAAUGGAAGCUCAGAUAUCAGGCAAUGAAAUGUCUCACCCAGGCUCAGUUAUUCCCAACGGUCCACAGAAAGUCAUGAAUAUUCAGCAACAUGUGCAGCAGGUCUCAGAGAGCCACGGUCCUCACACACAACAUGGCUCUAGAGUAGGAGAGAUAUACAAGAUGACCCUACAGAACAUUAAACAGGAGCCAAGGGAGUUUCAUUGUGAUGGUGCACCAGAGGCUCAUUCUGGGGCUAUAAAGAGAGAGGCAACGGGGGAGGCAGUUACUUCUGCUAACAACACUGGAUUCAUCAAUGCUGGAGAUCCUGGGAGUCAAGGCCCUCGCCCUGAAACUGGACAGCAACUACUUCAGAAACUCCUGAGAACCAAGAACCUUCAGCUUGGUGCCCAAAGGCCCUCUGAAGGAAUCCACAAUGAAAUAAAUGGCCACAUUAACAGUAAACUAGCAAUGCUGGAGCAAAAACUUCAAGGAACUCCACGAAAUAUGGAGGAUUUACAGUCUAUAACCAAAAGGUCUCCGGUACAAAAGCCAAAGCGCAGUAACAAGGCAGCUGGAGACCGAGGCCCUAAUGCACGGAAGAAGAAUAAGAAGGAAGAAGUUGGAAAAAGUGCUGAAGCCCUGUUAAAGCAACUCAAACAGGGUCUCUCUCUACUGCCCCUGAUGGAGCCUUCAAUCACUGCCAGCCUGGAUCUGUUUGCCCCUUUCGGAAGCAGCCCAGCCAACGGCAAAGCCCAGCUCAAAGGAUCCUUUGGAAAUGCAGUGCUGGACAAUAUCCCUGACUAUUAUUCACAGUUACUCACAAAGAGUAACCUUAGCAACCCCCCAACACCUCCAUCCUCGCUGCCACCUACUCCUCCGCCUUCAGUCCAGCACAAGCUGCUGAAUGGAGUGACUUCUGGGGAGGAGCUGUCUGAGGGUCAGAAAGACACCGAGACAGCAGAAGAGCCAAUGGAUUCUGUGAAAGAGGAGGUGAAGAGUGUAGACAUCCUAGCAGCUCUCCCCACCCCACCACACAACCAGAAUGAGGACAUCAGGAUGGAGAGUGAUGAUGAGGACGCUCCAGAAAGCAUCAUUCCGGCAUCUUCUCCUGAGAGUAACGUAGGAGAUGAAACGCCACGUUUCCCUCACCUACGGGAACCCAAAGAGGAGGAGACGGAGAGAGCAAUAUCCCCAAUCAUCCCCCUCAUACCUCGUACUGCCAUCCCAGCAUUCCCAGAAAACAAACCAUUUGAAGCAUCCGAUAGCAAGGUGGUUUCCACCACCAACAAUUGGGACAAGGCCAAAAACAACGAAGUGGCCGUCACCUUCACCCUGUCCUCUGCUGCAGCCAAGAAACUGAACCACGUCAUGUUGGCCAUGGCCCAGCUGCUUAAUAUACGGAUGCCAGGUUCUUAUGAGGUGACGUUCCCAACCCAAAACCCUGACAUGUCUGGAGUGGAGGGGCCUGGAAAAGGACCAGAGCAGUCAGGGGCUUUGUGUACAAAGGACGGGGCUUCACUCAGUCAGGAUGAGUGGCUAAGGCAAUUUGACGUGUCUCUACCAGGCUGUACGUUGAAGAAACAAGUGGACAUUCUGGCUCUCAUAAAACAGGAGUUCCCAGACGGAGAAGACAAACCGGCUCUGCACUGUUACACCACCAAAGUCUCCGACUUAGAUGUUCGCCACCUUCCGGCUAUUCCAGUGGAAGAAUCUCCCCCUCCAUCGCCUUCCCCUCCAUCGCCUUCCCCUCCACAUCCUCCUCCAUCGGUCCCAGCUCCCACUUGUGAAGCUGAACCCUCCAACAAAUCAGCUUCUCCAUCUCCUCCUUCCUCCAGUCCUACCCUUCAGAUCAAGAUAAAGACUGAACCUGAACUGGGUGAUGGUCCUCCUAUUGAUGCUGCUCAACCAACUGAUGUCACAGAGUCUGGUGUUGCUCCUCCAGAGUCUCAGAAGGCUGCACCACAGUCGGAAGAUAACACACCAGAGUCUAAAGAUCUUGCAACACAGUCUAAAGAUGCUGCUCCAGGAUCUGAGGUUGCUGCUCCAGAGUCAGGCUCUGAUCCAGCAUCUGCCUCUGAAGCUCCAGUUCCUACUGAUCUUGCUCCUUCUGAAGAUCGUCUGAGUCUUGCUAUCAAGGAGGAGAACUUGGCCACAGAUCUGGAUCAACCAACUAAAGAUUCGGCACACAUCAUGGAGUCUUCCCCAAAGGCUAUCAAGCAGCGCAGGCCGCUCUCCCCUGAUGAGGUGAUACAUCCCAAACAGAAGAAAUGGAAGGGGAUUCGCUGGAAGCGCCUACAGAUUGUCAUCACGAUACGUAAGGGUGGGUCUAAGAAAGAGAGCAGCCGCGAGGUGUCGGAGCUAAUGGAACGCCUUCGCAUUACUCUACGACCAGACAAACUUCCUCGAGAUAAACGUAAAUGCUGCUUCUGCCACGAGGAAGCUGACGGAGCCACAGAUGGGCCGGGCCGGUUGCUCAACAUUGAUGUGGACUUGUGGGUGCACCUCAACUGUGCCCUGUGGUCCACAGAGGUGUAUGAGACGCAGGGCGGGGCCCUUAUCAAUGUGGAGGUAGCCCUGCGUCGCGGAUUGCGGACUCUUUGCGCAUACUGCCAGAAAACAGGGGCCACAAACGGCUGCAACAGAAUGCGCUGCCCGAAUGUUUACCACUUCGCCUGCGCCAUUAGGGCACGCUGCAUGUUUUUCAAGGACAAGACCAUGUUGUGCACCCAGCACAAGCUGAAGGGCCCCAGUGAAGAUGAACUCGGCAUGUUUGCUGUUUUACGGCGUGUGUACAUUGAGCGUGACGAGGUGAAGCAGAUUGCCAGCAUCUUACAGCGGGGUGACCGUAUCCACCUGUUCCGUGUGGGUGGUCUCAUCUUCCAUGCUGUUGGUCAGUUGCUACCAUCCCAGAUGGCCAACUUCCAUUCGUCCACUGCCAUCUUCCCUGUUGGCUAUGAGGCCACACGCAUCUACUGGAGCACACGUGUGCCCAACAAGCGCUGCCGCUACCGCUGCCGCAUCAACGAGGACGAUGGUCGCCCUCUGUUCGAGGUGCGUGUUUUGGAGCAAGGCAUGGAGGAUUUGCAGUACCGGGACACUACUCCAGAAGGGAUCUGGGAGCGGGUGGUUCAGCAGGUUGCUAAACUCCGAGAUGACUCGGCCAUGUUGAAGCUGUUCACUGAGCAUGUCAAGGGAGAGGAGAUGUAUGGCCUUACAAUUCAUGCUGUCAUGCGUAUCACUGAGUCGUUGCCUGGAGUGGAGAAUUGCCAGAACUACCAGUUUCGAUACGGCCGUCACCCUCUGAUGGAGCUCCCUCUCAUGAUCAAUCCCUCUGGCUCUGCUCGCUCUGAGGCCAAAGUCCCCACACAGAUCAAGAGGCCUCACACUCUAAACAGCACCAGCGUGUCGAAGGCGUACCAGAGCACCUUCACUGGAGAGCUCAACACACCGUACAGCAAGCAGUUCGUCCACUCCAAGUCGUCCCAGUAUCGACGGCUGAAGACUGAGUGGAAGAACAACGUGUAUCUGGCACGGUCGCGCAUCCAGGGCCUGGGGCUGUACGCUUCCAAAGACCUGGAGAAGCACACGAUGGUCAUCGAGUACAUCGGAACCGUCAUACGCAACGAAGUGGCCAAUCGGCGGGAGAAGAUCUACGAGGAGCAGAACCGUGGGAUCUACAUGUUCCGCAUCAACAACGAGCAGGUGAUUGAUGCCACUCUGACAGGAGGUCCAGCUCGGUACGCCAACCAUUCCUGCGCCCCAAACUGUGUUGCAGAGGUGGUCACAUUUGACAGAGAAGACAAGAUUAUCAUCAUUUCCAGCCGCAGGAUCCCCAAAGGGGAAGAGCUGACCUAUGACUACCAGUUUGACUUCGAGGACGAUCAGCACAAGAUCCCUUGCCAUUGUGGAGCCUGGAAUUGCCGAAAGUGGAUGAACUAACCAGAAGAAAGAAAAAUGGAGAAUUCCCCUCUCACUGGUGCCAGAACACUCCUGCGCCAAAGCCUUUGAAUCCUACAUAGCCAGUGCAUAAGCUGUUUUGAGAGAUGUGGAGGAAGGCCGGCCUUCAUCACUGAGAGACUAAAGCGUUGACACCUGUAGCCAAAGGUUUGAAGAGCAUUAAUCAAUAAAAGCAACCGACCUCCUCCAUCAACAGCAGCUUGAUGGUGGGACUUACUUUCAUGUUUGGACUAGUGAAUCACCUUUUCCUCAGCCAAAACCCUUCCCCCCCCUCGACUGUUCUUAAUACUCUUUACAGUGGCUGGAAUACAAUCCUCAACAUCUACCAAAUGAUUCUGACCCUCUGGUAUCAAUACUGGUAAUGGAGAGCUCAGCUGGAGCUUCGACAAAAAGCCAUUUUAAAAUACUAAGAAUGAACUAAUGAUGCAUUUUUAUGUUUUUAAGUCGGACCUAUUUCCUGUCCCACCUGACCACACCUCCCCCUUAUCUCCCAGAAAAAGGCACUUUCCCAUCAAGUCAUCAAUGAAGACAACACGGAUAUUGGCUAGCUAGACAAUCUUGAUGUGGCUCUGUGUUAGAACUACAUAUGAUCGAUGGAAAAAAAAGAUGAAAGUUAAUAUAAAAUUUGAGAUGCUAUUGAUCUGUGGCACCAGAUGUUCGGACUGUGUGGAGUCCCAUGGUGGGUUAGUUGGACCCAGUCUACCUCAUUGAUUUAUCGGGAAGCAACUGCUUUGUAUAAAAACUGUUAACUGCUACUGUGGAACGGGGGGGAAAGGGGGAAUGUUUUUAUGGGCCUUCUCGGACAAGCAGGGAAUCUUAAGCAGCAGGUUUGCUCUAUCUACUCUAUGCUGAUGAUGAUUUACAAUAAUGAGCCAACAUAAUUAUUAUUCAUGAAUUGUUUAUACAGAGGAAAUAUAUGACAGUUUUGAUAAGAUAUUGCAUUAAAAAUCACAAUCAGAAGCUUAGCGGGUGUCCUGUAUGCCACCAAAUCCUCCUGGAUGUAGCUUUUUCUUUUCCUUUCUAUUUAUGCGUCUCAGAAAACGAUGUUAUGAGCUGUGUGAAAGCACAAUAAUAUCCACCUUUUUUAAGUUGCUGAAAGACAGUAAUGGUGUGAGUGAAUGGCUCUAGGAUCAUGGGAUAAGCAGUCUUUGAAGAAGACUCCGAUGUCCGAAAUUAACCAAUUACACAUUUGCUUGUUGCUUCAUACAUUGAAUUUCCACUUGAUGAAAACCAGCUGGUGGAUGCAUGACUACUGUCCCAUGAAAUGCUUUUUAUUCUCCCCAAUCUUUUCACAACUCAACCUUGAACUUUGAAUCAUGCCUCUUCCUCUCUGUAUGAUUUAGUGGACUGUUGUUAAACAUGACUGUAGUAAGUCUUCCUCUGCCUGAGUACAGCCUGCAGUGUUUCUACUUCCCCUGUAGUGUGCUGGUACUGUUCUCUUGAGGCUGAACUGACAGCAGGGAAAGACUUAUUGGAAAAAAGGGCAUUUGUUUUCAUUUCUAUGUAAGAUGAAUGAAAAAGUCUUUAAAGGGAGCUUUACUAAAACUUCCUACCUUCCCAUACUACUUUGUUUCCUCCUCCCCCUAACCUAAGACCUCACAUGAUUUUAAAAUGCAAAGUUGUACAAACUGUAUAUAUAGUAUAUGCAUUAGGGGACAGCAACUCUUUAUCAAACCCCUUUGUAAUCAAAGUCAAAAGUGUAGAGAAAUAAAAUUGAAAAAAAAUCAACCACUGGAUAUCAUUUUAACAAAGAUAAAGCUGUAUAUAAAUAUAAAUAUAUGUAAAAUGGCAAACUAAUAUCUUUAUGUAUAUGAACCAGAGUGUUUUGCAUUUACCUGUUUUUCUAUUAGUGUUUUUGCUAUAAGCUCUCAGAGACAAGUUUGUUAAAAUAGGUUUGAGAAUAAUGUCUUCUCCAAUCAAUUGUGACGAGAAGCUGGUGUGAUUACAGAACUGUUUGGAUUCAUGUGGAGGUCGGUAAUUAGACAUGAAAAUCCCUUCUUGCGUAAAGCAGUACAAUGGUGCAUAGCAUUUGUAUUUAUGUAAUAUUGUUUGUGUUUAUUUUCUUUUUAUUUAUGCUACUGCUUGUUGAUUACCAAAACUUGUCCCUUAAUCGGUCACAAUUGGAUUAAUAUACUCUUGAAUGGAAAAUCUUGAAUCCCUAGAAUAUUGUUAGUGUUUCGCUUUUUUAUAUCUUCCCUAUAGAAGUGAAUGUGUUGGUAAACCUUGUGAAAUGGUUACUUGGCCUAAUGUAUGUUAUGAUGUAAUACUCAAAGUUAAUCCCAUACUUAUUCUGGUAAUGAAUUGCACUCUCAUAGUAUAAUGGAGAAUUUCUCUAAAGUGGUAGAUAUUGAUCCGAAGCAGUGAUAUAUAUAUUUUUUGGUAUGUUUCUAUUUCAAGGGAAGACCAUGAUGAGACAUUAUGCCGCUCACUGGAUUUUAGCCUGAAUCAUUUUUAACUUCUCUAAAUCUUAAUUUAAGUUCUCUGCAUAUCUUAUAAUUUAAUAAAGUUUGCUCAAAUUGAAGGUUUUUUUUAACCUCACCUACUUUUUAAAAAGACGUUGCAUCUGUACAGCAGAGAUACUUUUAGGGAAUAUAAAUACAUCUAAUGAUCAUUUUUAUUGUAUGUGGCAUGUUUUGUAUGGAUAUUAUUUUGAAUUGUACAUAUUUUUUUCAGGACGCCAGAGGUUGCAUCUCUUUAUAUACAGCUGUCCCACUCCCCUUUCCCUUCAUCUUAUUUCUUUGUCAGCUUUUGUUUCUUGUAAAGGAAAAUAAAAUGCAUUUUAAAUAUG